CUCCGCUCGCAGCCUUUCGGACGAGCCCCCUUUUACCGCCCUGUCAGUGUGGAGGAGAAGGAGAGAGAGAGAGAGAGAGGCUGAGUGAUAGAGAAAGCGCACGCGAGAGUAAGAGAGAGAGCAACUGUGUGACAGAGGGAAAGAGAAAGAGGCAGGCUGCUUAGAGGAGUGAGAGAGCCAAGGACGAAAUAAGGAACACAUUUUUACAAGUGCAGGAAGAGGGAGGAUCGCAGACGAGGGACUCCUUCUCUACUGGACACCUGGGACACAGUCGCCGUGGUUUUUAUUUCUCCCCGCUCGUCUUCUAUCUGGAACUGGAUUGACUAACCAACCGGUGGAUUUUUAAUACACGCUUGUGCCACAUCAUUUAGAAAGCUGGGAUCAUUUCUCUGUGUUAUCUGCCCUCCUGCUGGCUCGACUGCUACAGACUGAGAUUGCCGUCUGGGUCUGCGCUCGGCUCUCGUGUUCUGCUCCGUGCACAAAGUGCAUCUGUCGGCAACCGGUGCUGAGGAUAUCUCCCCUUCUGUCAAACAGGACAGCACACCGUCGGAUCAGACUACAGAGGAGAGAGAGAGCGAGAGAGAGAGAGAGAGAGACAGUGUGUAUGUAAGAGAGGGACAGAGAGAGAGAGAGAGGGACAGAGAGAGAGAGAGUCAGAUUCCCAGUGUGUCUGAGAGAGAGGCAGAUUAAAGCCCAGGCGAAAGACUGGAGUGAAACAGCUCUAAUAGAGAAGUGAACCUAUACGUCCUCUCCCGUUUUUCCUCGCCAUCCCUUUUCCUCCUCCUCUCCUCCUCUUCUUCCUUUCUCCCAUUUUCCAACAUUCACAGGACUGCCAGAGCUACUGCCACCUGCACCUCUUCUUCUCUUUUCCCCCUUCUUCCUCUACCUCACCCUUGAAUCGCGCGUUACUAUCCGAUACCAGCCAACUGACGGUUCUAGCACUUGUGGAAAUAUUUCCAUCGAUCCGGCAGCGAGAGACUUGAGCGAGCAUCCGCCCGAUACUGAGGCUCUGGACCGAGCAAGGCGCCAAUCAGAGAGGCAGACCUUCUCCCUGGAGGACCGGCUAGCGACACAGUGGUGCGGACGGCGAAGACAGGAAAUCACACAGCCCCCCUCUAUCCGCCGCCUCUAUCCCAUUGCUAGCUACUUGGCAGCUUCCGCCCCGGUGUCACCAUUCCCUGCCUCAGUGCUAAGGAUUCCAGCUACAUGGGCAAGCGAUUGGAGCAGCAGCCAAUGUACCCUCAGUACACCUACUACUACCCCCACUAUCUCCAGACCAAGCAGCCCUAUGCUCCACCCCCUCAUCCCAUGGCUCCUCCCAGCCCUAGCACCAACAGCUGCAGCCAGGGAGGGGCGGAGCAGCUGAGUAAGACCAACCUGUAUAUCCGAGGCCUGCCACCUGGGACCACCGACCAGGACCUCAUCAAACUCUGCCAACCGUAUGGAAAAAUAGUGUCAACCAAGGCCAUUCUGGACAAGAACACCAACCAGUGCAAAGGCUAUGGCUUUGUGGAUUUUGACAGCCCAGCUGCAGCACAGAAGGCCGUGUCGUCUCUCAAAGCCACCGGGGUGCAGGCCCAAAUGGCCAAGGCCCUGCAGCAACAGGAGCAGGACCCCACCAACCUGUACAUCUCCAACCUGCCGGUGUCCAUGGAUGAGCAGGAGCUGGAGAACAUGCUGAAGCCACUGGGUCACGUCAUCUCCACGAGGAUACUGAGGGAUGCCAACGGGGUCAGCAGAGGAGUCGGCUUCGCCAGGAUGGAGUCCACAGAGAAAUGUGAAGUAGUGAUACAGCAUUUCAAUGGAAAGUACCUGAAAACCCCGCCAGGCAUUCCAGCUCCCACGGAGCCUUUGCUGUGCAAAUUUGCCGACGGAGGGCAGAAGAAACGCCAGAGUCAGAGCAAGUACCCUCAGAACGGGAGGCCGUGGCACAGAGAAGGCGAGACUGGCAUGGCGUUAACAUACGAUCCCGCUGCAAUGCAGAAUGGGUUCUACUCCUCGCCUUACAGCAUCGCCACCAACCGCAUGAUUGCACAGACCUCCAUCACGCCCUUCAUCGCUGCUUCCCCCGUUUCCACAUAUCAGGUCCAGAGUACGUCAUGGAUGCCUCAUCAACAAUAUGUUAUGCCUACAGGUGCAGUGAUCACGCCAGCCAUGGACCACACUAUGUCCAUGCAGCCUGCCAGCAUGAUGGGCCCUCUCGCCCAGCAGAUGAACCAUCUGUCCCUGGGCACUACGGGAAGUUACAUGACUGCUGCAGCUGCCGCGCCGCCUAUGCAAGGGACCUACAUUCCCCAGUACACUCCUGUGCCUCCAACAGCCGUCCCUGUCGAAGGAGUGGUGACGGACAACUCCCCCCAGACAGUGGCUCCCUCGUCACAGGAUGUGACUGGCCAGCAGCAACAGAUCCAGGUGGACAGUGCUGCCGACCAUGUUCCUGCUUACUCAUACCAGUCCAAAUAGCAACGGCCUGAGCGAAUGUUCCUGUGACAGCGUUGCCUUGAGACAGAAGGUGGCUGCACUGUGAAUGUGAGGAAAAAAGAGAAAAGAAAAGAGAUUGCUUCCAGAUUGCCCAGGCACCAAAAAAGAGACACUUUUUUCAUUUCCUACCUGGCCUACGAGAGAAAAAAAAAAAAGAAAAAAACGCAAGAAGGAGGCAAAGAGUGCUGAGGAAGGUGAUGGGAGAAUUGCUGGGCACAGUGCAAAGAAGUGAAAUAGUUUAGUCUGGGAACCUGCCUGAAGGGCUGGGCCGAAGCUUGAAAAGUUUCUCAAAGAAAAUUCUCAACCAAUUAAAAAAAAAAAAAAGAAGAAAAAAAAAGACAAAAAAAAAGGUUGAAUGCGCAGGUAGGUGAUGAAGUUUAUUUUGUAAUUAGAAAAACGGGAGUCAAGUUUGAGAUACACACAGAGAUUGUCUUCCUCAGAUAUUAAGCUACAAUUUCUUUUCACUCUUUUUUAUGUUCUAGUGUUAAAUUUUAGUUUUCUAGAUAUAUUCGAAAAGUGUUUUUUUCUUUCUUGAAUCUUCAUGGCCUUAAUUUGAAGGGCGGCAGAAACUUUUUACAGAGUUAAAGUCUGACGUCUGGUUAAGAAAAAAAAAAACGAAAUCAGUCUCUUGGACCACUCGGAGGGUUCAAGACACUGGAUGAGUUGUUUUAAAGAGGAAAAAAAGAAUCUAUCACAUAAGCUGUACAGAUUUAAUAGAGAAGAGCUUUUUUUUUCUUUUCUUCAUUAGAAGAAAACUUUGAUAAUUAUUAUGUCAGAGGUAACUAAGUGUCAGAAGAAAACAAAAUGUCUGUUGGGGAUAAAGACUUGUGGGGGGGAAGAAGAAGCUUUGAAGAGAUUUUUCACAAUGAGGAAAAAAAAUGAAAACGUGAGAAAACGUGCUGCAUUGUGGAUGCAGUCUGUUGCAAAAUGCUGAACUUGUUUUUUAUUAUCAUAAUUAUUAUUUUACAUGGCGAAGUUGCUGUCGACAACAUUAGUGCUUUUUAUCUGCCACAUUUUACCUUUUUUAUGAGCUUUAAGAUGUUUUUAGCCCGCUUUGCUUGUCACACUGCGAAAAGGAGAAGAAGAAAAAAAAAGAUGAAAAAAAAUAUAAAAUGAAAAAAAAAAAA